AGACCAGACAACUCUGUCGGAGCGGUUGAGCUGGUCUCUUUUGUAUUGACUGCAUUUACCCACCGCCGCUUCUACUUUCGUGUUAUCGCAUCCAGGUGCACGGCGACUUCCGAUGGGGCUGGCUUCCGUUUCGCCUCUUUGCUGCUUACUAGUUUUAUACGUUUAACAUCAAUCAACUGAGUGGCGUUACGGACUGGCCCCAUUAGUUUGGAUUUUCCAAGCAAUACUGAAAAUUCACGCUUAAAUUCAAACUUUGCCAUGCUAAAACUCAGGGACAUUAUAUAUUUCGUUCUCCUCACCGGAAUACACGUCUGUGCAGUGAUCCAGCCCACGGUUGAGGUCAAUGCUAAACUCAAUUGGAGCAGCUCGAACGUGGACCGUAGCCUGCGGCUGAACGUUGGUUACCAGUACAAGCCCUUGAUGCUGACCCGGUCCAUGAUGUACUCUCUGCUAACGAUGAUUGGGCUGUGGCAUGGGCGCCAUCGGGAUGCAGUGAAGCGGGCGGAGAAGAGGCAGGAUGAGAUCGAGCGGCGGGCACGGCGGGGAAGCAUUCUCAUUAGAUCCUACUCCAGCCAGCUGGAAAGAGCGCGGCAGCUAAUGAACGAGUGGGUGCGCCGGCAAAAGGAGGCGUCCUUAUCGGACCUCCAAGAGGACGAGGCUGCGCUUGACGCGGAGCUGAAUCAGUCGGAGGGCUCCUAUUUUCCUUGGUGGAAGUUCCUCCUCAUUGCCCUGCCCUGGACGCUGACGUUUGUCGUCGCCGGAAUGCUCAACUACGGCCGGCUAUAUCUGGUCAUCCAGAACUUUAGCCUCACCCACUGGCAGACGGUCAUGCUCUAUGCGAAGAUCCAGAUGCUCUUCCUGCACCGCAUGAUUGAGGUGUCCUUGGCUUCCUACUGGCGGCAGUUUCCCGUCACUGUGGACAACUACAUCAGCCUCGAGACGCAUCUGCUGGCAACGGAAUGAGCUCUGUUCCCACACAUAUCCUGCCUCCAAUCAGAACUCGAUUCAUGUAGUGUUGGGCCUAUGCUAGUCCCUCCGUCCACCCCAAAAAAAGACCCCUUUGCCAUAAAUAAAAGGCGUUUCGAAUCAACAACAAACCAACUUUGGCAAAUAUUUCAAAAUAUUUUGUCGAUCCGAGUAAUAUCGGUAUUUUUGGGAUAUCGGUCAUAUCGAUAACAUCGCAUCUUUUGCACGAAACUAUCUAAACAAAGCAACAAAUAAAGAGAAAUAGCAAAUGUUUUGAUAA